AUGUAUGCGCUUGGACAAAGCACGGGGUCUUCCAGACAGACCAGUCCGGCGUCCAGGGACUACAACCCCCGGAAGCGCGGGAGAACGGCAUGUACCCGCUGCAAGACGAGAAAGCAAAGAUGCGACAACGAGUAUCCAACAUGCUCCAACUGCCAGAAGGCGGGGGUCUCAUGUGACAAGUCGAGCGUGCGAGAAGAUACUGAUCGCGAGAACGAUUAUACACGCGCCCUCGAAGAGCGGGUGGCGUUUCUCGAGGGUAAACUUGGUCGAGAGCCGAUCUCCAGCCAGAAUUCCGGGACGCAUGUCGGGGGCUCGGUAUGGUCGCCCCAAGGAGGCCGAGCAACACCCCAGACAGCAGCGUCCGGUCUCGAGACCAAUCCAAUAGGCGAGAUUGUCGGCCUUCUUGCCUUGAGUUCCUCUGAAGCACCCGCCUACGUGGGCUCCAGCUCUGGCCUCUCCUUAGCCGCCAACCUAGGCGAAAUGGUCCAGACUAGCGUAUGGAACCAAUUUAUCUCCAGAAUGCACGAGCAGCAGGCUGUCUCAUCUACUGGCUCUAUUCCAAACCCUGCCGGAGUGACAGCCGGAACAACGCAACCCGGAAGCAGCGCUCGAAUCCGAGAUCGGCCUAAGAGAAUGGAAGAGCUUUUACCAGUUAAUGUGGAGCCUCCAACUGAUGAAAUGGGAUCGAAGAUUCUUGAUACUUACUUUAAACGACUUCAUUCUCGGUACCCCUUUUUGGACCGUCGUCAGAUGUGGCAGCUUCAUGAGGAGAGGUGGCGGCUGUACAAGACCAAGCGUGAAGAGCUAUCACAGGCUGAUCGAUUCGCCAUUUUCAAGCUCAACAUGGUUUAUGCGAUUGGCGCUACUAUGCUCAAAUUGAGCGAUACUGGAAAGUAUUCAUAUGCUGCACCCGAGCGAUACUACGCAUCCGCAUUACAAUAUGUAACCACGAUGUGUGAAGCUCGUUCCAUUGAAAACAUUGAAGCAAUGGUUCUUCUUGUGGUAUAUCAUCUCCGCACUGCUUCCAGUCACGGAAUGUGGUACAUGAUCGGACUGGCCAUGCGCACUGCAAUCGACCUCGGUCUUCAUCGAAAGGCAAACGAGAUCAAUAUGGACCCAUUCACCGCUCAAAUGCGAAGGCGGUUAUUUUGGGUAGUCUAUUACCUAGAGCGAGUCGUCUCAAUGUCCCUCGGACGCCCAUUCAGCAUCUCCGAUCGCCACAUCGACCUUGACCUCCCAUUAGACGUGGACGACGACAUCCAAGAUCCCGCCCUCCUCACAGCGCCCCAACCCCAUAGCAAACCAACCUCCCUCACAUUCGCAAUCUACCUUUUCAAACUCCGCCGCAUCGACUCGCGCAUCCAACACAAGAUCUACCGUGCUGACCGACCCCUUUCAUCCCUCCGUCUAAAAAUGGACCCCCUAUACCUCGAACUCGAAGAGUGGAAAGAAUCCGCCCUUUUACGCUUCAGCGGCGCAGACCUCGACUACCCCAUGCUCCACUACAACCGUGCCGUCAGACUAUUAAUCCAACCAUUCCUCCCCCUCCUCCCAAUCACAGACCCAUACUAUCACAUUUGCCUCCGCGCCGCUGGUGAAAUCUGCCAAUCUCACAAGCGCCUCCACCAAACCCUAGAAUAUGGCCACUCAUUCCUCGCCGUACAAACCGUCUUCAUGGCGGGCAUCACCCUCCUCUACGCAGUAUGGACACACACAGAACAAGUCUGGUCCGUCCGAAUGAGCAACGACAUCCGCGCCUGCUCAACAGUUCUCUUCGUAAUGGGCGAGCGAGCAGCCUGGGUAAAAAAAUACCGCGACGCAUUCGAGCUCCUGGUCAACGCCGCGAUGGAAAAGCUGCAAGGCAACGAAACAGUCCGGAACGCAAACAUGGCAGAGCUCAUGACUGCCCAACACGGCGGCGUCUCGCUCAACACAGCCGUGCCUGGCAUGUCUGCCGGCGAGAAAUUCCCUCCUGCGAACCCGACUGGGUUGGCUCCUGAUACGGGAAGUACGUAUCCGGCGGAUGAUACAGAUCAUGCGGUUAGGAUGGCGUUGCAGCUUGCACCGUGGAUAGAUCAGGACCAGAGUGAUCCGUUGUGGAUGCCUGACUUUGAGACUUUGGAGAAUUUGUCGGGGACGUUUUGGAGUCAUGCUGAUACGACGCUUUUUGAUGCAUUGUGA